GGUUACCAGUACAACCAGCCAUAUCGAUAUCCCUACUACAGAAUGGCGCCCGUGUACAGCUGGUACCAGCAUGAUCAGCCUCCUGUCGCCAAAACUGAACCUGAAAUGGAACCAAAAACAGAAGGUAAAGAUCAUGGGAAAAGUUAAUCCUCCAAAACGUUAAUAUAAAUUAAUCCUAAAAGGUUAAUGUAAUUUCAAUCCUUUGAUUUUAAUUCCCUGUCGGGAAGGCUAGGCUCGAUUGUAGCCGCUGUUUGGGAGAACGGCGUAAAUCGAGCCUGCAGGAUUGCUAGAAAAUUUGUAAAGGGAUUCUGGAAAAAAAAAGAGGAAGAAAAAAAAGGACAACCAAGCAAAAGAAAUCAAUAUGGGUUGAUGAAUGGGUACCUCAGGUCAAGUGACUUACCUGAGUUUGCUUGUUUUCAUUGAUUUCAUCAUCUGAAUCAAGAAUAGCUGUUUGGAAAGCCAAGGCGUGAAAUUUUAUAGUGGUAUCAAAUCCCAGUUUUGUUCUCCAUUAUCCCUUGGCUGUUCAUGGAGAAUGAGAGAAUGAUGCCACUGUUUCUCUUUCACUUACUGGUAAAAGUUGAUGACAGUGGGUGACAGGCGAUUGCUAUAGUGAAGACCUGUACACCUACCUGUACUACGAUCAUGAGGUAUGGCGGAUUGUCAUCACCAACCACCUUAGUAUACUUACAUCACUGUGAACAGAUGAGAUGACAGCAUACUCGUCUUUUUAAGCAAAAUUAACGUGGGAAGGAACUACAAAGAAAACAGAAAUACGGAAACGUGAUUGCACUUGUAACUUGGUUGGCACCUAAAUAAGCAACGCCAUACCAAAAGAGACUCAUUUUAAAACAAGUGUUCUCAAAAAAUAAUAUAUAUUUAUGUGAAUAAAAAAGGAACCUUUAAGUUUCUUUGAUACAAUGUUGAAACCAAUCAAGCCGCCCCAUUUAUUUUUUAAUUCCUUCAGAUGUAACUCCAUUUGAAGUACAGGGAUUGUUGUAUCAUAAUCUUCAUCGAGGUCUACACGACUCACCGUUACUUCAACUAGACCAUCAACUUAGCCUCGAGGCCGCGGAAUACGCGAAGAAAAUUGCCAACAAAUGGAUUAUUAAACAUUCUCCAAUAGAAAGUCGUCCUGGACAGUCAGAGAACAUCUUCUUACGCUGCAAAGCUUUCACUAAGGGCGUGUCGGCUUUUGAAGCUGAAAAAGAAUGGUAGGUUUGAUCUGAAUUUUCAGCAUUUGAACGCACAAAUCUUGCAUCCCUUCUCUCCCUACCUCUCAUCCAUUCAUCCAUCCAUCCAUCCAUCGAUUAGUAUCAACUUAUAACAGGAGUCCAUAACCCGGAGUGAGCAACUCUCAUACUAGGCCUAUGUAACGACGUUUGUACGGACCGAUUUAUUUUUAGACACAUUUUAGGGCAAUUUCUUCCGCGAAGAUGAAAUCUCCCCCACGUUUAUGAACGCAUUCGAAGUAUAAGAUAUCAAAAAGGAAAACGUAACGUCAUUAAAAGGCAAAAAUUAUUAUUUUUAGGUCUGUAGGUCCUGCUGACAGCUUUGCGGGACUUAAAAGAUAUUCUUAUUCGCGCCAAAACGGUUCUAAAAAUAUGCUGGCCUUAAAAACGCCGUCACACGAGUAGAUGGAAGUUGUUCGCUCCAGGUUAUGGGCUCCUGCUUAUAAUAUAUAGAUUUAGCCAAGACAAAAGGCGAAGCUCCCGUUGAUAAAUUUUUAAUUUACUUCAAACAAUAAAUGUGUAACCAUAAGACAUCCACUUGGGAUGAGCCUGCGAUCAGUUAAAAACUAGUAACUUUUCAGCAACUAACUUAGAAGAAAAAGUGGCCUCUAUGGGUCAACACUAGAGCCCGGGAUACAGUCCUGUGAAAUACUGUCAAUUGAUCGCAACAUGGAUGUGUAAUAUCAGGUUGCAGGCCCCUCACUAGCUAGAAGGUGUGAGAUUUCACACUGCUUGCCCUCUCAUGCGGACGGACGGGUGGACAACGGACCUAUGGAAUGGCGCAUAGAAGGAGGGACGGAUGUGUGCUUACGUGACUGAUUAUUGCUAUAAUUUUCAUUCAGGUACUCCACAGUGUGCUACUGGAAUUUUGAUGAACCCUUGCCUAUGAACGAUAAAGGAAAGCCAUUCAGCAGGCUUGUGUGGAGGUCCAGUCAGCAAAUGGGCAUUGGCCGCGCCACAUUCCCAAUGGACAAUUUUAAUUGCACAGCUGUUGUAGCAAGAUACCGACCUUAUAUAGACGCACAAGAUUACGCGAACAAUGUACCUAAAGGAAAAUUUAUGCCUACGGGUUGCCAAUAUGUAAAUAAGGUUGAUAAUCAGGAUUUUAUCGUACCGCCUCGACCUGGAGAAGCUUGUCAGAAAAUUCCUGGGUUCAAAGGACAAAUGCUUCAAGAAAGUUCUGUCUGCACCCUUAAACAGUUAUUUGCAAUAUUUGGAGCUUCAGUAAGGAAGGGAAAACAAGGAUUUAGUGUUGUUUUAUGA